AUGGAGGCACCGCGGGGCAUCGGCACCUUUGCGGUGUGGGACUACGUCGUGUUCGCCGCGAUGCUGCUCAUCUCGGCCGUCGUCGGCAUCUACCAUGCCUUCGCGGCGGGCGGCCAGCAGACCCCCAAGGACUUCUUGAUGGGCGGCCGCAGGAUGACCGCCGUGCCGGUGGCGCUGUCCCUCACCGCCAGCUUCAUGUCGGCGGUCACCGUCCUGGGCUCCCCGUCUGAGGUCUACCGUUUUGGGGCCAUAUUCAGCAUCUUUGCCAUCACCUACUUCCUUGUGGUGGUCAUCAGCGCGGAGGUCUUCCUUCCGGUGUUCUACAAACUGGGAAUUACCAGCACCUACGAGUAUUUAGAACUUCGAUUUAACAAAUAUGUUCGUCUCUGUGGAACAUUCCUCUUCAUUGUUCUAACAAUUCUGUAUACUGGAAUCGUUAUUUAUGCCCCUGCCCUGGCUUUGAAUCAAGCCACAGGAUUCGAUCUGUGGGGUGCAGUGGUGGCUACAGGGGUGGUCUGCACAUUCUACUGCACGCUGGGUGGUCUUAAAGCGGUUAUCUGGACGGACGUUUUUCAAGUUGGGAUCAUGGUGGCCGGAUUUGCAUCUGUGAUUAUACAGGCUGCACUGAUUCAAGGUGGAAUUAGCACUAUUCUAAAUGAUGCCUAUAAUGGUGGAAGAUUAAACUUCUGGAAUCUUAAUCCUAAUCCUUUGCAAAGACACACAUUCUGGACGAUUAUUAUAGGAGGGACGUUCACGUGGACCAGCAUCUAUGGUGUCAACCAGUCCCAAGUGCAGAGAUAUAUUUCCUGUAAAAGCAGAUUCCAGGCAAAAAUGUCUCUCUACAUCAAUCUUGUGGCACUCUGGGCAAUCCUCACCUGCUCAGUGCUUUGUGGGCUCGCGCUGUAUUCCAGAUACCAUGACUGUGAUCCUUGGACAGCCAAGAAAGUGUCUGCACCAGACCAGCUCAUGCCUUAUUUGGUACUGGACAUUCUGCAAGAUUACCCAGGAGUUCCUGGACUUUUUGUGGCCUGUGCUUACAGCGGAACAUUGAGCACAGUGUCCUCCAGUAUUAAUGCUUUAGCAGCAGUAACUGUGGAAGAUCUAGUCAAACCUCACUUCACAUCUCUCUCAGAAAGGUCUCUCUCUUGGAUUUCCCAAGGACUGAGUGUGCUGUUUGGAGUCCUGUGUAUUGGAAUGGCUGCGCUAGCGUCACUAAUGGGAUCUUUGUUGCAGGCAGCACUCAGCAUAUUUGGCAUGAUUGGUGGACCACUUUUGGGCUUGUUUGCUUUGGGUAUUUUGGUUCCCUUUGCCAACUCAAUUGGAGCACUUGUUGGUCUACUGGCCGGGUUUGCCAUUACUUUGUGGGUCGGAAUUGGAGCUCAACUUUAUCCUCCACUUCCUGAGAGAACUAUGCCAUUAAGGCUUGAAACCUAUGGCUGUAAUAGCACAUACAAUGGGACAAAUUGGAUGACAACCACAGAAAUGCCAUUUUCUACCAGUGCUUUUCAAGUACACAACAUUGAAAGGACCGCACUAAUGGAUAACUGGUAUUCUUUAUCAUACCUGUACUUCAGCACUCUCGGAACUUUGGUAACGUUAUUCGUGGGAAUACUUACCAGUUUAUCAACAGGAGGAAGAAAACAGAACGUAGACCGCAGAUUCCUACUAACCAAAGAGGACUUUACAUCCAAUUUUGACAUCUUUAAGAAAAAGAAGCAAGUUUUAAACACUAAAUCUCAUCCAAUAGAAGAUGGCGGAAAUGACAAUCCUGCCUUCAACCAUAUUGAAUUGAACUGCACAGAUCAAAGUGCCAAGACCAGUGGGACUCGUUUGUGAAGCAGCUGUGACACUAAGUGAUCUUAAACAGUGUCCCAGUUUUCUGUGUUUUCUAAGAUAAUUGGAUCAGGUUUAGGUUUUUCUGUUUUGUUUGGUUUGGUUUGGUUUAUCAUGAGCAUUUGGGGGGAGAUCUUUGGGGGGAUAAAUUUUUGUUAAAGCGAAGUCCUGACUUUACUUACUACACUCACUAGUUGAUGCUACUCUGGAGGUAAGAGUUUCAACAUCAGCAUUUCCCUCUCUCUUUUAUUUCAAUGAAGCUUGUGAAAGUUAUGAAAGUUGUGACUUCAUGUGUGCUUAAAAGGUAAAUACACAUACUUGAUGGUCAGAAGCAUAUUCUUAAAUUUGGGCAUUAUUAAACAUAUUUCCAUGCAUUUGGUGCUAACAUAUACAUUUUGGGGUUCACCAAAAUCAUAAUUAAUAUUGAAAAGGACAUUUCUCCCUCCUACCACAUACUCCAUUCUUAGGGAGCAAUGAAGUGACAGGUCUGUGUUGUCUAGAUCUUUGCUUCUCAUCAACCCUAUCAGCCCACGGCACAUAAAAACCUUGAAAUGGAUCCUGGCUCAGGACGCAUCCUGUUUGGGACAGAAUCUAGGCCCAGUGAUCAAGGCCUUCUUGGUGCUAUGCAUGUAUUUUUGUGCCUUUUUUGCUUGUUAUCUAGAGCUCCUGGCCAUUGGCUGCUUAUUUUGCUUUUCUUAGACUCUGGUUCUUAUCUGCAUUCCUAGUUUCUGACCCAUGAACUUUGGUUUUGUUGUUCAUUUUACCUUUGCUUGCCUUCCUAAUUUCCUGUUCACUCUACUGCCUACAUAAUUAUAUUUGGGCUUGCAUGUGUCUUGAGACACCCAUUGUGAAUCAUGCUACCCUGGAUCCUGGUUCACAUCUCAGCCUAUA